GAAAUAAUUAUUAAAGAAAAUUAAAUUAAAAAAUUUAUAAGCUCGAUAUAAAUGAACGUAGUUGUUUUUGAAUUGACAAUCUAGCUCUAAUAGUAGUGUGUCAGAGUUGAGUACGUAUGACUAAUUAAUAACGACAACAAGAACCAUGUAUUAGUCUAUUAUAUAUUGAUACGUAUGUACGGAUGUGUAUGUAUAUAUGUAUAUUAUAUAGUUAUACUUGCACUUAUAUUUUACACGUAAAGUUAUUAAUCUACACAUAAAGUGAAGCAGUGUUGAGUUAUGAGUUAUGAGUGUGUAUUUUUAUUAUAUUAUACAAAAGUUUGAUAGCGAUAUCAGAUUGUGAUGUUGUCAAUACUACAAGUGCAGUCAAGUGUUUUAAGUGCAUCGUAACAACUACAAUUAUUUUCAAGAUGACUCUAAAAAAAGAGGGAGAAAAAAAGAAAACCACUAAGAAGACAAAUAAACCUAAAAAAAGUAAAGUUUGCCCGACUAUUGACGAGACUAAAAAUGGAACUGGCGAUAAGAAUGAUACUACGGCUCAUUCACCAAAAAGUUCAGCGGAUCAAAAUCCACCUGACGCGGGUGAACGCGCUGGUAACAGUAAGCUUGAUCGUAAACCGUCUCUGAGACGUAUAUUGGGAGCUUUUAUUCGAGAGAGCGCUGACUUACCAUCUGUAAUUAACCGAGGCUUUCAGCCGAUACGGAGAAGCUUUAGCUUCAACAAGGAUCUACAUCGCGUUUACGAGAAUACCCACCCGCAGGAGUACGGUAGGAUACGCAAUGCUCAGUGGUACAACAGUUUGUGUUCUUUGGCUGAAGUUGAUUCUAAAGAUGAAGGUGGACAAGUUGCUACUAAGAAGAAUGGUUUUGAUGAUGAUUUUGAAAAAUGUCAAGUUUCGAGGACUCAUAGUUUUUUGGAUAAUUCUACCGUUACCAGAAGAAGACCAAAAACCUCCGAGCAGUUUACUUAUGGACGGCACAGUGAUUAUUAUGACUCUGCUAUUGAUCUAAGUAAGCCGCCGUUCGAAGCGUGCAGUUUGCCAGUUUUAACGCAUUUAACCAAAGAGAAAGAUGACGUGGAAGCGGAACCAGUGCAAACUUGCAGAAGAGAGAGUAAUAGAGGCUGGAACGGAUGGGGAAUAUUAAGAUCAAGUGCGCGAAAUUCGUUGCUACGCCUGAACACCUCCAGCAGCACCACUGGAUUCCAGGAACCGUCAGAUUACUCAGUACGCUCAAGAUCUUUGAGCCAACUUGACAUGCUGGAUACUGGAGAACACGGUAAUAUGUCAGGUGGGACUACAACUCAGCAUCAACUGACAGCAUCGCAUCAGCAUCGGUAUCAAAAUCCACCUGUGCCACCGCUGCUUUUUUCUCCAAAUCCCACUACGGACACUAAUCCAAGAUUUUUGGUGCCAAGUUUGACGUCGACAGACACUUGCACGUCAAAUCGCACUCGACACAAGCUUUCACGUUCUCAGGUUUCUAGCAGCGAGUACUUUAGUGUAAGCUUUGAAGUGAAUGACGACACUAAUUCUCUUGAGCGUGAGGAAUUUUUACCUGCUUCAAAAGGAACAUAUUUAGCUGAAAUUCUUGGCGCAGCUUGCGAUCGUCGAGGCAUUGAUCCGGCUCGUGUAGACGUGUUUCUAGAUGCUUUUUCUACACCUCUGCCAAUUCAUACAACCGAAACAUCGUGCUUGGGAGGUAGACAUUUACGAGUCACUGCCAAAGACGAAAAAGUAACAUCAUCACGUACAGCAAGCCAAAAAAGCAAUCAAAAUGUUUUGUUACGCAAAGCUGGAGGAAGCUAUCGAGGUCGCAGCGGUCGUUUUUUCAGCAUAUCCACGGAGGACUCUAGUAUGGAUUCAGAGAUGAUACCUGGAGGUAUGCUGACAACUGGGAAAAACACGUCUGGUAGCAGUUCUGUAUCUAGUGGAGCGGCGGGUCUUAAAGCUAGCAAGCAAAGGUGGAGCGGUUUCUUCACAAACACCAAAGGAACCAAAAUGGAAUUGCUAGUGGAGCAGCUUAAUAGUUAUACGAAAUAUGGCGUAUCACGUUUACCAGAAAUUCAGCUUCCAUACGAUCUCAUUGCAAAUGAGCAAGAACUUAUUUAUUCACUGGAAGAAGAUUGGCAAGAUAUUGUUGAGAGUUGGGAUUGUUUGACUGAGAAACAGCAGCAGCAACAAACGGCACUUUGGGAGCUGGCUCAAACAGAGCUGGCUUAUAUAAAAACUCUUAAAGUCGUGGCAGAUCUUUUUAUGGCUUGUCUGUGUAGUCUUCAGGCUUCGAAUAUUUUAACAGAAGUUGACCGCACGAAGCUGUUUAGCAAUAUUCCCGAUAUCUACACAGCAAAUCGUUACUUUUGGAGCGAACAUGUAUUGAGGAUGGUUAAUGCUACACGGACAACUGGCAACCCACUCGAUCCAGGUCAUCUCCUUCAAGGUUUUGAAAUAUUUGAACAAACUUUUGCACCCUACACGAGAUACUGCUCCGAGCAAAGCAAGUGUCAGCAGUAUUGUCGUGAUCGGCUUAAUGACAACGAAUUAUUUACGGCCUAUUUAGUGUGGUGUGAAACUCAAAAAGACUGCAAUCGUUUGAGGCUCUUAGAUAUUUUGGUGAAACCGAUGCAGCGAUUGACUAAAUAUUCAUUACUUCUUAAGGCCGUAUUAAAAAAUACUGAAGAUGAGGAGCAGCGCUCUGAAUUAGCUUUAAUGAUUAAAUACGUUGAUAAUUUUGUGGCAUCGGUGAAUGCCGCAUUACGGAGAUCCGAAGAGACCGCUAGAUUAGCUAGCGCAGCAACACGGUUAGAUUGUUAUGAUGUUGUGGAAACUCGAGACGAAGAGCUCGAGAAAUUAGUUAAAUCGUACUGUAAUCUUGAUAUUACAUCUGCGCUAAUGCCCGGCUGUCCAAAAGAUUCACUGAGGACACUGUUACGUGAAGGUGACUUUAAAUUACGAGACUCAGCAACGAGUAAAACGGAGGUUCACGCUUUUCUCAUGACUGAUAUGCUACUGCUGUGUAAAACAUCGACUAAAAAAACAUCUAGCAGCGGUAGUUCCGGGGGUGCUGCUGGCAAUUUAAAAGUAAUAAGACAACCGUACGUUGUUGAUCGCUUACGUAUUCAUGAACUAAAGGAAUCUUCCAGUUUUGGGUUAGUUUAUUUAAAUGAAUACGGAGUUGCCACUGCAGCAUUUAUUUUAUCUGCGAGUGAGCCUAAACUUGCUAAGUCGUGGAUAGAAUCUCUGCGUAAAUCUCAACAACAGUUUGCAAUAAUGAAGAUUCCACCACUCGGUGAAAUUCCGCCCACGGCGAUUGUAAGCAGACAAGCAAGCACGUAUUUGGGAGACGGUGACUUUGAAUUGGAAGACAAUGAAAUGCUACCAAGAACACCUCGGGGUAGCAGUCGAGCUUCGCGUGUUAGCAGUUUAGCACAUAGUCACAGUGGAAGUAUAGAAAUGGAAGGUGUUUCUCCUGGUGGAAGUAGUUUUCUGCCAAGUUAUAAUCAAAGUAGGAAUGUCAGCGUUGAUACUAAUGAACCACCCCACGGAUCCAGUAUCUCAUCAGAAGAAGGUGGCGAACUUGGCGUAACUCAUAAUCACAGGCCGCUUCAAAUUAGACGAUCGCUGUUGAGUAAAUCACCAACUCCAAACACUCUGAGCGUUCAAGUGCCUGCGUACUCAUGCCUUGGCCAAUCUCUACCCAAUUUAACGCUUGCUACAUCACCACAAACUUCGACAGUUUCACCAACACCACCUAAUUCACUUCUAAUCGUUCCGCAAAUUACCAAGAGCAAGGAUACACUACUGUCUCCAGGACAUAGAGGUAUUUCAUACCCACCUCCGUCGCCACCGCGCGGAGCAUUACGACGUGCGUUUGCUAUUCCUCAAUCACGGAAUCCCCCUUUAAUAAAAACAAGGCACGUAAAUGCGUCUGUAGCAGUGCCUGUACAAUCGACCGUAAGUUUUGAUACCGAAGCGAUUGAAGAGAGACGCAGAAGGUUGGAAUCUGCUCAGCGUACACCCUCAUUCAAUAGUGGUUCUGUUAAAGAAGAAAAAAGAAGCGAAGAAAAUCGAUGAAAUGUCUUUAUCCUUUGAGAGGAUAUUGCUAUUUUAUAGCCGAGAGUGUGAAAGGGCAAAAAGCUCAUUCAUCAGAGGCUUGACGGUUUUGGGAUACCGCAUACUUCAAGUAAAAGCUAUUUUUUACAUUGUAACGGCGGCAUUUUUUUUUACUCUUGAUUAAAUUGUUUUCGUACACACAUAUAGGGGCCACUUUAAAUCAACGUAAAUUUUCAAGUUUAUAUUGAAGACUAUAAAAAUUAUUAUUGUUGUUGUUAUUAUUAUUAUUACUAUUA